GUGGCUGAGGGAGGAUUGGAAGAGCAGGCACAAGCUAGCUGUUCUACCAGUCAUAUUGGUGUUGCUAACAGAUUUGAGGUACUCACUCAAGGUUGUAUCUCAUCUUUUGUGGGGCAAGGUGGGCAUGACCAUCCCAUACCCCCAUGAUUAUAGAGAUUCCUAAAUUUCUACAUAGAUGUAAGGCUUGAAAGCAUUCAAAAUAGUGAAGAAACUCUUGCAUAUAAACCGAUUAAUAAGGCAAACUCUGAGACGCAAACUCUGUUUCUCUCCCGGCGCAUGUUAACUAAACGUUCGCAUCCAUGGGGAAGAGGACUCGGAUUCCUACUCAGAAGAUGAUUGGAGCAAGGGAAUCGUGUAAACAAGCCAUAAAGAUGACGAAGAAGCGAGGAAAUCAAGUAAAUCAAGAUAUAGUGGAGAAUCGCAGCAAUUGUCAAAACCUAAAAAUGGCGAACGAUGAAGGUGAAAUUGAGCAAAUUCGAGGCAAGGAGAAGGAAGAGAAUAAAAAAGAAACGCCAUGCAGAAUCGAAUUACCAUCACAAUUGGAAAUUGAUUCAGCAAUUGAAGCAAUGUCCAAUGGAACACUAAUGGUGGGGAAAGAUAAAGUUGUGGAAAAAGUGGAAAAAUUGAAAACGGCUGUGCAGGAAUGGGAGGAAGGAACAUAGAUACAACAAUCUGGGAGAAAUCAAGUGCGUAGCAACUUUUGUAUGAGUUUUAAUGGCUGCUUGUUAAAAUCGUGAAUUUUAGCCAACUUCUGUAAAAGCCAUGAAGUUAUAGGUAUUUGGUUAAAUCGAAAUAAGAGUUCAAUAAAGCAUGAAUAGGCUUCAGGCAAUUAACUCAUUAGUAAUAGAUGAAAUGGCUUUUUAUUUUUAAGUAUAUUAUAAUUUCCUUUUUUCUUUUGUCAAAGUUAUGGUGUUGCAUUUGUCUAGCAUGUACCAAAUGUUGCUCUUCACUCCAUAUAUUAAAAGUUACGGUGUCUGCACUCU